AUUCUACGAGUUUGCAGUCAAAUACCUAGCAUGAUUCUUUCCAUCUCCUAGUAGAGGGUCGUGUCUCCUAGCGUGGCAGGUGCUCCGACCUGCUUGGAUCGUGUAUGCUGUGUAGUUGGUUUAGUUUUGACCAGAUGAUGUGAAAGCUUGAAAGGAUAUUAGAUUUGUUUGCUGAAACCUUUUUCCCUAACACGGAAAUGGAAAGACAUACAUACAUACGUACUAAAAAUGGGAAAGACAUUUCUACCAAAGUUCUGACGUUUACUGUGACAUUAUAAAUAUGAAGUGCUACAGCGGACGGAAUUGAAAACUUCCAGCCAAAGCUCUUAUACAAUACAAUUUGCGUUCGAAUAGAUUGAAUUAAUCACUAUGGCAUUUCUCAACUCGUUCUUAUGCUGUCGUCUCUUCGUAGGAAGUGUGCUCAGUGGAGUUUAUUCUAUGCUAGUAUAUGCAGUUGCAUUCGUUAUUGAGUUGUGGUGGAUCAUAGAAGCUGAAGUCAAACUACCGGUGCCGUCGUAUAUCUUAGCGGCUGGUUAUUUCUUUACCUUGGUGAUGUCCUUCGCUUUACUCGCCGGCCUUGGCCUGAAAAGAUCCAAGUAUCUGUUAGGAUGGCUUUUUGUGGUGAUCCUGUUUUACUUCCCAGAAUGUGGAUUGGUCUUAUUCAUGAGCCUUUAUUAUUGGGGUUUGGACACUUACUACGGAUUAACCGAAUUUGUAUUUUACAUCUGCCGGGCAGUAAUCAACGUCCUUUGUAUUGUGUGUGUCCAGUCGCAGUACAGCUCAUGGCAGGAAGAAAAAGAUGUAAUGCGGCGUCUAGAGAACCUAAAUGUCGUCCCAAAGUCCAAUUAUAAUUCUGUUUCCCUACUAAGUGAUCAGGGUUCCGGAAUAAGCAAACAGAAUGGUAUAUCAAAUAAUGGCCAUACUUCAGGAACAUUGGAAAGAUUCCGAAGUGGACAAGUUCACGACAGCGAAUUACACUUUAACGGUAUUCCUAACGGAGGCGUCAUGAACCUCAGCCGUAAUCCGUCUAAUUCUUCUAAUUUAUAUACCAAACGACAAAAUGGAUUUACUACUUUUGGUAUACCAGCCAAUGGGGUCUCCAAUUCUGAUAAAUCGGUAUUUCUAGGAAGGCCAAUUCCUCCUCCACCUCCUCCCGGGUCAGCAGCAUUUUUUAGGAGUGAAUUUGAUGCUGCAUCUUUCAGUGAUUUUAUGACGUCACGGCCACGAGCUCAUGCACGAUCUCUAAGUGAUUUCGGCUACGCCUUACAGAGACAAGUGAUGACUGACAGCGCUUCAGAUAUGCCAAAUUACCAUUCUUACGUGAAUAGUGGUUUUUUUGCAAACGACCAAGAUUCGAUAAGAGAUUAUAGGAAUGGGUUUUCUAGUGCAAACAGCAGUAUUGGAUAUUCGACGCAAAGUUUGGAAAGGUCUAAAUACAGAAGGACACCUUCACAAAGACGUGCCCGUUCACUGGAAGAUAUUACUCUUCAGAUAACUGAUGAUGUAACAUUGAGGAAACUACCAGAAGAUCCUUUCCAGUACUUAGGAAGACCUGGAAGUAGAAUGCCUGAUGAUGUACAGUCCAGUUCUACAGAUAGUAUACGAGACAUUGCGCUGUGAAGUCUCUUACGUGACAUAUUAUGUAAGAAAUAAACAAUUUGGCCUUAAAUUACAAGAAAUUAAGAAUCACUAUGAUGAAUAUCAAUUUUUCUUUUUGUUCAAUGUCGAGAAAGCUUCAUGCAAGAAAACUUUGUAUACAAUUAUCAUAACAUUUUCAAUGAUUAUGUGAUGAUGCUUUCCAUCUAGUACAAACAAUAAGGCAUGUAAAUAUAUAUAUCUGUAUCUGCCUCUCUCUCGAUAUAUAUAUAUAUAUCCGUUCAUCUGUGUGCAUACGUAUAUUAUCGUCACUACAAGCAUUAUUGAAAUCUUUUUAAGCCUGU